AUGAGAUUGUCCAGUGUGUCGUUGGCUUUUGGUCAUGCUGCAUUGGCAUUAUUUAUAGAUACUUCGGAAUAUUCACCUUAUCCACCAUCAAUCGAACAACAGCAACAGGAACAGCAACGGCAACGGGAACAACUAAUUUUUCAAAAUUCUACAACAUCACAGCAGCAGCAACAGCAGCAACAGCAACAGCAACAGCAAUUUCCAUAUACUUGCCAGUAUUCGAAUCUUUACGGCAGGCAAGUCAUUGAUUGUUUGAAGCAAGUUGAAGCUCUGAUCAUUGGUGAAGAUGCAGCAUGUACCAGAGACGGUGUGUCAAUUACAAGACUAGUACCACUGAAUACUACCACUACUGCUAUUACUACUAAAGACCUUGAUUGCCAGUGUUUGUUCAUGACUCAUGUUGAAAAAGAUUGCUUAGACGCAUUAUUAAACGAUAAGGAGUUAUGGAAUUUGGAAAAGUUGAACCAUCCUGAGUGCCAUUUCACUUGA